AUGCAUUAUCAGUACAAAACGAGAGAAAGUAUAAUUAGCAAAUGGCAAUUAAGAACGGAACAUUUUAGAAGGGGAGAUAACUUCAAAGCUCAAGAAAUUCUUAAGGUAAUACACAGUGGUAGUGGUGGUGGUGUGGGCAGCAGUGGAGAUGGCAGCGGAGGCAGCGGCAGAGGCGGUGGAGGCAGUGGCAGAGGUGGCGGAGGCAGCGGCAGAGGCGGUGCUGGAGGCGGUGGAGGCAGUGGCAGAGGUGGUGGAGGCAGCGGCAGAGGUGGCGCUGGAGGCAGUGGAGGCAGUGGCAGAGGUGGCGGAGGCAGCGGCAGAGGUGGCGGAGGCAGCGGCAGAGGUGGCAGAGGUGGCGGAGGCAGCGGCAGUGGUGGCGGAGGCAGCGGCAGAGGUGGCGGAGGCAGCGGCAGUGGUGGCGGAGGCAGCGGCAGAGGUGGCAGCGGAGGCGGCAGCGGAGGCAGCAGCAGAGGCGGCGCUGGAGGCAGUGGAGGCAGUGGCAGAGGAGGCAGUGGAGGCAGCAGCAGUGAUGGUGGUGGUGUCAAUUCUGCUUUAUUUGAAAAAUGUAAACCUUUUAUGGGAGAGUUUGGAAGUGACUUCCAUGGUUAUUGA